GUGUUGUUUAAUGUUUUGACUCAUAAAGUUUUGUGUCAUUCCAUUCGAUAAAACAGCUGCGGGAAUAUUUCAUUUGUGAAUAUAUAAGGUUCCAAUGGGUCUUCCUGACUUACCUGAACAAAAUGAUGGAGAUGAAUUUCGAAUGGAAGAGGACACUAUCAUCAAUGCGGAUGUUACAACUGAUGAUAGCGAAAAUGAGUUCAAUGACGAAAACGAAUAUAUGGGAUAUCAACCACUAAAUUUAGGAGAUAAUAACGAUACGCUGGUUGAAAGUGAUGAUCAAAACGACUCUCAAGUAACUACACCAACACAUCGGGGAAAUAACUCGAAUCCUGUGUUUCUAAAUGUGGAUGUAUGGAACGCACCAAGGCCCGAUGAGCUUAAUAUAGAGUUAGAUCCAGCAAAAGCAGAACAAAUUCUCAAUGUAAUGGCUGGAUUUAAGCUACCCAACUCUUCGGUUCCGGAAUGGGCUGUAGGAAUUCCAGAAGACCGCUGGAAAGAGGAGUUGUUGCAACGUAUUCGCCAGCGACAACAUUUUCACCCAAGCAAAAAUACAGAUUUAAGCGACUAAUAUCAAUGUGAUACAAUAUAAACAAAUAAACAAGCAUACAAUUUAAAUGCUUUUGAUGGU